GGAAGGCUGGCCAUCCCGGAAGUGCUGUGUGUAGAGUGAGCCGUGGAGAGGAAGCGACGUGGAGUGUAGUGGAGAUUUUAUCUGUGACACAAGAGCCCGGCCCGGAGCGGCGGACACACACCAUGGGCUCUCUGUUCCGGAGUGAUCCUAUGUGCCUGGCACAGCUAUUCCUACAGGCCGGCUCGGCCUAUGAUUGUGUCAGCGAGCUGGGAGAGAUGGGGCUGGCAGAGUUCAGGGAUCUGAACCCUCAUGUGAGUGCCUUUCAGAAAAGAUUUGUUGGUGAAGUAAAGAAGUGUGAAGAGUUGGAAAGAAUAUUAGGGUACCUGGUUUUGGAAAUCAAGAAAUCGGACAUUCCAGUUCCAGAAGGAAAUAUGUUGCCAGCAGCCCCCCUUCCAAAACAUGUGCUAGAAAUUCAGGAACAGUUGCAGAAACUAGAAUCUGAAUUAAGGGAAGUAAAUAAGAACAAAGAAAAGUUACAAAAAAACCUCCAGGAAUUAACCGAGUAUACACACAUGCUGAGAGUAACCAGGGACUUUGUGCAGAAAUCAUCCGAGUCUGAAACCUCUUCACAAGCCAUUUAUGAGGAGUUCCCUGCUUUGGAAAAGGAUUCCUUAAUGGACUAUACUUGUAUGCAGAGACUUGGAGCAAAACUGGGGUUUGUUUCUGGGCUAGUUCACUGUACCAAACUUGAAUCUUUUCAAAAGAUGUUGUGGAGGGUUUGCAAAGGCUACACCAUUUUCACUUACAAGGAGCUUGAUGUGUUUCUGUAUGAUCCUGAAACUGAAGAGCCAACAAAGUGGUUUGUGUUUCUAAUUUCUUACUGGGGAGAACAGAUUGGACAGAAAGUGAAAAAAAUCUGUGACUGUUACCAUUGUCACGUGUAUCCAUACCCAAACUCUUCUGAGGAACGACAAGAGAUAAUAUCCGGAUUGAACACAAGAAUUCAAGACUUGCAGGCGGUGAUCUCCCAAACUGAGGAAUAUCUCAAACAAGUUCUCUACAAGGCAUCAGAGUCCAUCUUCAAGUGGGUUAUUCAAGUCAAAAAAAUGAAAGCUGUAUACCAUGUGCUGAAUUUAUGCAGUUUUGAUGUCACCAACAAAUGUCUGAUUGCUGAAGUAUGGUGUCCUGUAGCCGAUCUUCAAACCCUGAGACAUGCACUUGAGGAAGGCUCAAGAAAGAGUGGAGCUUCUAUACCUUCUUUCAUCAAUCGUAUCCCUACCAAUGACACACCUCCAACAUUAGUCCGAACAAACAAAUUCACCUCUGGCUUUCAGAACAUUGUAGAUGCCUAUGGAGUUGGAACGUAUGGAGAAGUGAAUCCAGCUCCCUAUACUAUCAUCACAUUUCCUUUCCUAUUUGCUGUUAUGUUUGGAGAUUUUGGACAUGGAUUUUUAAUGGCUCUGUUUGCUUUUUUUUUGAUUCUCUAUGAAAACAAAUUUCAGCGAACUCAAGAUGAAAUUAUGAAGACGUUUUUUGAAGGACGAUACAUUAUUUUGCUUAUGGGGAUUUUUUCGGUUUACACUGGGCUUAUCUACAAUGACUGCUUCUCAAAGUCAGUGAACAUAUUUGGGUAUAGCUGGAAUCCUUCUGUGAUGUAUAAUAUUACACCCAGGAAAGAUUUCAUUUCGAACCGGUAUUUGACUCUAGAUCCUAAUGUACCUGGAGUUUUUCUUGGAGUUUAUCCCUUUGGAAUCGACCCAAUCUGGAAUUUGGCAGCAAACCGUCUUACCUUCCUGAACUCUUUCAAAAUGAAAAUGUCCGUUAUUGUAGGUGUCACUCACAUGACUUUUGGAGUAGUUCUGAGUCUUUUCAACUACAUGCACUUCAAGAAGAAAUUCUGUGUGUACCUGGUCUUUAUUCCAGAGCUUAUAUUUAUGAUGUGUAUCUUUGGUUACCUCGUCUUUAUGAUUAUAUUCAAGUGGUUGGCAUUUUCUGCAGAGAAUUCCAAGGAUGCACCUAGUAUUCUCCUUCACUUCAUUAAUAUGUUUAUGUUUACUGGCGCUGGCAGUGAUGGCAAGAACAGGAACCAAGAUCUCUACCCAGGACAGACUGGUUUCCAGAUAUUCCUUGUGGUUAUUGUGUUCCUCUGUGUGCCUGUAAUGCUGUUCGGGAAACCCUUGUACCUGUACUGGCAACAUCAUGGAGGACAGACCUUUGGGAUUUAUAAUAGGAAGGGAUACGCAUUAGUGCGUCGAGGCAGCGAAGAAGAGUUGUCUUUGCUCCGGUCACAUGACUUGGAAGAAGGGGAAGACCAUACAGGUCGUGAGGUUCAGCGGGACAGAGAAAAAGAGGAGUUUGAUAUGGCAGAGGUAUUUAUGCAUCAGGCCAUCCACACAAUAGAAUAUUGUCUGGGAUGUGUUUCCAACACAGCUUCCUACCUGCGACUUUGGGCUUUAAGCUUAGCACAUGCCCAACUAUCCGAAGUGUUGUGGACAAUGGUGUUGAGGAUGGGCCUUCGUAUGCCAAACUCCAUUAUUGGCGCAUUUCUUCUGGUGUUGGCUACAGCUGCAUUCAUAGCAUUGACCAUUUUCAUUCUUCUUGUCAUGGAGGGACUUUCUGCCUUCCUACAUGCAAUCCGUUUACACUGGGUGGAAUUCCAGAACAAGUUUUAUUCUGGUGCAGGAUACAAAUUUACACCUUUCUCUUUUAAGCACAUGUCUCUCCAUCUGGAAAAAGAAUACUUUCCAUAGACUCAUGCUUCCAUUGUUCUACAAACAGAUUUGAUAUAAAUAAGAACCAUCUGGUGCCAUUUUAUCUUGCUUUAUGAAAAAAAGCUAGGUAAACAAAAUUUCAGCCAAAACUUUUUCUUCAUUUUGGAUGCAGUGGGAAGGGGUUGGAACAUCUGUUUUUAUUACUGUCCUUUUUGGCGAUAUUUCCUCUUAGUUCUUGUCCUGCUGUCAUUAGGUAAAGAAGAAUUAGGCCUCUGAAUAUGAAAUUGGUCAAAACAAAUAUUCUUAAAAAGAAGAAUGUAAACACCCACCUUUCCUGUUGCCCACAUCAUGGAAACACUUGGAGUAAUUGUGCCCCAAAGUCUUCCAACAGAAUUGACACUUCCUGGCGUGUUGAUUUCCUGAGUCCGUCGCAGCUCUCGCUGUGAUGUGCAGAUUCGCAGGAGGAACCAUUGAGUGCUGUGAGGGGCUCAGGAGUGUAGGUUUCCAGGCAGAAUUAUUUUUUUUGAGUGGAGCAGGUUUAAGCAAUUUUCAUAUUCAUAAAAGAGUUGCUGUAAUGUUUUAAGUUAUCCCAUUGGAGAAGGUGUCAUCGGGAGACUAGCUCAGGUGAAGACUUCAAGAAAAAGCCAACACAACCUUUUCUGCUGUAUCCCAGUCUAGAUGAAUGUAUUUUUAAGUGUUAACUGCCUAGAAAUCCUUUGAAAAAAUUCUAAGCAAAAGGGUUAACACAUUGUACAACUACUGUUAACGUUAAUUAUUUUUAUGGUUAGUUUCUCCUACAAUUUCCUACCUCUCAGAAGUAUUCUAUGCUCAUUGACAGAUGAAUUUGUGUGCUUUAUCCUUACAAACUGUAUUAUAGAAGCUUUGAAAGGUAUCAAAAUUUAAACAGAACUUUCAAAUUUCUGAUAUUAAAAAUGUCAGUGGUAAAACGUUAAUUAUACUAAUACUAUACUUGAUAAUUUAAGCUGAGAAUGAGAUAUGAAUGUUGUUAUAUAUUUAUAAGAAGGUUAAAAAGAUGUAAAAUAAUUCAGAUGUACAGUAUUUUAAAAUUUGAAUCUUCCUACUAAGGUGGACAAAUAAUUAGAUGUCUGAAACUAUGUAUGUUGCUUGUGCAACGUUUACAUUUUUUGACAUUUGCAUUCUUUUAGCUGAUUGAAUUUAUAUCCUUUUCAUUUGGGCACUUUGUAAAUGAUAUGUUACAAAGAAUAAAUACUUCAUCGGUUUUGACACUUUUAA